UACUACGGUCAGACACCCGACACAAAGACCGGCGACCUCUUGCAACUCUGCCAAAACUCCAACGUCGACGUCGUAGUUCUCGCCUUCGUGACCUCCUUCUUCGCGAACGGAGGUAUGCCAAGUGCCAGUUUCGGUCCUGGAUGCAAAGGCAGCACAACAGCUCAACAACUUCACGCUCCCGGGUUGCAGGAUUGCACAGACCUCGCACCUGAGAUUGUAAGUUGCCAACAACUGGGCAAACCUGUGUUGGUAUCUCUAGGUGGCUAUUACAGCAAUGUGACCUUCGCCUCGGACACUGAAGCUAUCCAACUAGCUCAGAAUCUAUGGGACCUGUUCGGCGCAGGAGACGGUCUGGACGCCUCAUUACGUCCCUUUGGAUCUAUCGUAGUCGAUGGCUUCGACCUCGACAACGAAUCCAAAGAUCCCACCUCCUACACCACUUUCGCACAAACCCUACGCACACUCUUCGCCUCCGACAAGAAAAAGAAAUACUACCUCUCCGCCGCACCCCAGUGUCCUCGCCCUGACGCCUCCAUCCCUGUGUCAGCAAUGGCACUCUGCGACUUCGUCUUUGUGCAAUUUUACAACAACCCUUCUUGCGAGCUUUCCUCUGCUGGCUUUGCUGAUUCGUUUGCUGGGUGGAGCGAUGAGUUGUUUGCUGCCAAUAACAAUACAAAGCUAUAUAUCGGCGUGGGAGCUUCAGAGGCAGCGGGGAGUGGGUAUGUGGAUGGUGCUGGCUUGAGACAUCAGAUUAGUCUUGCGAGACAGCUGUAUACGAAGAACUUGGGAGGAGUGAUGUUGUGGGAUGGAGUUGAAGGGUUGGGGAAUGUG